UGUAAAAAAUAAUAUUUUUCAAUUGCUACAUCUACGUCAAUUUGUGUAUUAACAAUAGGUUUAUAUCAAGAUAAUAUAAUAUUAUAGUUAAAUCUAUUUUUUUUUAUAAAUAUAUUGCAUAACUUUGCGUAACGUGCGUAACUUUCGGUAUAUCAGUUCGUAAGUAGAAUGUUUAGUGAUCAAACCUAUAUCGAUUAUAGGUGAAUAUAGAAGGUGACAGUGUUAAUUUAACGUACAUAUAUAACAUUCAUUAUCGUAUAAGAGAAAUAACCUACAAACAUGUCAUCCUUUAUGAGAAGAUUAUGCAAACCAAUUUACACGCAAGUGAAUAUUUUGGUUAUUGCUAAAAAAUCAAAUUUGAAUCAAAUACGGUUACUAUCUGUAAGCCGUCAGCAAUUCUUCAAAUCACCAACCAGUAUUUUCGCCAUCCAAGAAAAUAUAUCAUCAUUGCAUUUAAAGAAGAGGCCAUUACGCAAAAAGAAGCCUUUUGAGGAUGAUGAACUUAAAGUACCUGGUCUUUAUAAUGUCCUUGCAUAUUCAACUGCUGAAGAGUAUGAUUUAGAGGCUUUGGUGAAGGGAUUACAGAAGGAGGAUCUGUAUGAACCCAAAGCUAUUGACAAUAACAUGGAUGUUGUCCAUGCAGUUGCUAAAUAUAAAUUGGGAAAUGAACCUAGGGAAAUCUUUUUCUUCAGGGAAGGCAGUUGUGUAAUGUGGAAUAUGACUGAUAUGGAAAGCUGCAAUUUAUUACAUUUCCUAAAGCCUUAUGAACAAGACAGCUACACAGAGAAUUUUGUGCAGAAUGAAGCUGAAGUAAUGAAUUACAAACAUCAAAUUGAAGGAAAAACAGCUGGUUUGAGUCCUUUAGGUGAUAUGUUGAUAUCUCCAGCAGACAACAGUCUUGAAAAAUACACGUUUUCCAAUGCUAUUGCCUUGUCAGUGAAGUUGGGUAUUUGGGAAUCUUCUUUGGAGAAAUACAUUGAUUCAAUUGAAUUUAUAACUGGGGAUCUGAAGAAUGGCACUAGAAUCAAAAUGACUCAAGAAGAGGCUCUGAGGAAACAUGGAGAGUUAUUUGCAUUAAGGCAUGUCAUAAACUUGAGCUCAGAUUUGUUGGAUGUGCCAGAUUUCUAUUGGGAUAGAGAAAAUUUAGAAGUGCUGUACAAUUCAGUGUGCACGUAUUUCAGUAUCACUAAACGAACGAGAGUGAUGAAUGAGAAAAUUAAUCAUUGCGUUGAAUUGAUUGAACUACUAUCAAGUCAUUUAAGUGAUAAGCACCAUUGCAGAUUAGAGUGGAUGAUUAUUGUCCUUAUUAUGGUUGAAGUUGGAUUUGAAAUUAUUCAUUAUGUAGAUAGAUAUUUAGUUUAAGAUAUUUAUAAUUAUUUUAAAAAAGCAUUAUGUAAAAAAAUAUGCAUUUAUCCUAAAACGUCAUUAGAAAUGAAUACAUAUUUUUAAAGUAUUUUAUGUAUUAGA